CGCAGUCGCUUAUCUCUCUUCUCUCCCCGCUCCUUCGUCUCUCUCAUCAGAAGUCCCCUCUCUCUCUCUCUAAAAAGUGGAGUUUUUAUUGGUUUCUUUUGUCUCAAGAAUCUCUAUCCUCUUUACGUUAUUUAUUCGUUUGGUAUUUCUCUAUAUUUUUCAGAAGACCAUAACAUUGUGCUCAAAGAAUAUGAUAAAUUGUCUCCUGCACCGCUUUACCCGAUUCAAUUCUUCAUAUUUUUACAAUUUCCCAAUCUCUCUUUUUCUCUCUCUCACUAAUUCAUCCCAGUAAUUUCUGCAAACUUACUACGCGUGAGUCUUCUCUCCAUAAUUCAGAGUUUCUCUCUCUAGAAUUACUUAUGUCCCCUCUCUCUUUCUCUACAUUUUAAAAUGAUGGGUGUAGAAUAUUUCAUCUUGAGAGAUGAAUCCUGAGUAUAGAACGGAAAACCCAUAAACGGAAAUGAGAAGAAGUUGGUUUGCCUGGUCACCAAAGAGAAAAGAUGGAAUUAUUGGCUGUGGCGCCUGGUUCAGGGAUUCCCUGUGUCUCGUGUUCUUGGGUUUCUCAGAAUUGCAAGCGUCUUGGGUUUUGUUUGAUGAGAAAGGAGAGAGAAAGUUUAUUUUAAGGAACAACCCACUUCUACUUUUACCUCUAUGCUUUAUUUCUUCCUUUUUGUGGGAAUUUAUUCAUGGUGGUGAAGGUGCUUGUGGGCUUCGGGUUUUCUGAGUCCUCGAGCUUCUUUGCAAGGUGAAAACUGCACAUGGCUUGAUUUUCACUAAUAUUUCAAGUACCAUUUCUCUGAAAAAGACCCAUCUUUUUCCUUUAUGUGAUUUUCACGGGAACCCCGUUUUGUUUGAUAUGUUAUUCUAUCACUGAACUGAUCCAAUGAUCCGUAGUUUGAGAUGAUCCUUUCUUGGGGUUGUCAGUAAGAACUGGUACUGAUUUCCUCUUUCUAAUGUAAGAACCAAUGUUAAUUACUUCUCUCUACAGGACUAUCUUUCAUGGGUUUUCGUUUGUUAUAUGAUAUUAGGAACUGGUAGAGCUCGCAAUUUUGAGAUUUUCCCUUUAACCAGACAUGAUUUUCAGAGGAUUUAGUUGUUCAAGAACGAAACACAUUGAUUUUUCAGUCUCCUUGACUGGACUCCAUAGUCAUCGACUAAAAGUACUCUUCUCUCUCCUAUAUAUAUAUCAGUAGCAGCUGAGUCUGGAAACUCGAGAGAGAGAGAAUUUCAGUGAGUGAAAAUGUCUUCUAGGUCUAACAGAGUUUCCAACUCCCCCGCUAGCUCUAGCCGAUCAAAACACAGUGCCAGAGUGGUUGCUCAAACCACUGUGGAUGCAAAGCUCCAUGUUGACUUUGAAAACUCCGAAGACCUCUUUGAUUACUCAAACUCCAUUGAUGCGAAUAUCUCAAGAGCAGAUGGUAACAUACCAUCUUCAGCUGUUGGUGCUUACCUCCAAAGAAUGCAAAGAGGGAACCUAAUCCAACCAUUUGGGUGCAUGAUUGCAGUUGAGGAACACACUUUCUCAAUCUUAGCUUACAGUGAGAAUGCACCCGAGAUGCUAGAUUUAGCUUCUCAUGCAGUUCCUAGUAUAGGACAACAAGAAGCUCUUUCUAUAGGGAUGGAUGCUAGGACUCUCUUUAAGUCUUUAGGGGCACAAGCUCUUCAAAAAGCCGCUAACUUUGGUGAAGUUAAUCUUCUAAAUCCUAUAUUGGUUCAUUGUAGAAGCUCUGGUAAACCUUUUUAUGCAAUAAUUCAUAGAAUCGAUGUUGGGUUAGUGAUAGAUCUAGAGCCAGUUAACCCAGCUGAUGUACCUGUAACAGCUGCUGGUGCUUUAAAAUCUUAUAAGCUUGCAGCUAAGGCUAUAUCAAAGCUUCAAUCUUUGCCAAGUGGGAACAUCGAGCUUUUGUGUGAUGUUUUGGUUCGAGAGGUGAGAGAGCUCACUGGUUAUGAUAGGGUAAUGGCCUAUAAGUUCCACGAAGAUGAGCAUGGUGAGGUAGUUGCAGAGUAUAGAAGAGCUGAUUUGGAUCCAUACCUUGGCCUUCAUUACCCAGCAACUGAUAUUCCUCAAGCUUCGAGGUUUCUUUUUCUGAAGAAUAAGGUAAGAAUGAUAUGUGAUUGUACAGCUUCUCCAGUGAAAGUGAUCCAAGACAAAAAAUUAGACAAGCCUUUGAGCCUUUGUGGCUCGACACUGAGAGCUCCUCAUGGAUGCCACGCCCAAUACAUGGCUAAUAUGGGCUCGAUCGCCUCUUUGGUAAUGUCAGUUACUAUAAAUGAAAAUGAUGAGGAUUCAAGUCCUAAUGAGCCCAGUUUCCAUAAGGGGAGGAAGCUUUGGGGUCUAGUAGUUUGUCACCACACAACCCCGAGGUUUGUGCCCUUCCCUUUAAGAUAUGCCUGCGAGUUUCUCUUACAAGUUUUUGGGAUCCAACUAAAUAAGGAAGUGGAAUUGGCCGCCCAAUUGAGAGAGAAACACAUUCUUCGCACCCAAACUGUGCUCUGUGAUAUGUUGCUUCGAGAUGCUCCAGUGGGGAUAGUUACUCAAUCACCCAAUAUCAUGGAUCUAGUUAAGUGUGAUGGUGCUGCUCUUUAUUAUCAAAAACAGGUAUGGCUACUUGGAACAACCCCAUUGGAGGCUCAAAUAAGAGACAUAUCUGGUUGGCUUCUUGAGUACCAUUGUGGUUCAACUGGGUUAAGUACUGAUAGCUUAAUGGAAGCUGGUUACCCUGGGGCUUUGGCUUUGGGUGACGCAGUUUGUGGAAUGGCAGCUGUUAAAAUCACAUCAAAAGAUUUUCUCUUUUGGUUUAGGUCUCAUACUGCGAAAGAGAUCAAGUGGGGUGGAGCCAAACAUGACCCAGUUGAUAGAGAUGAUGGUAGGAAGAUGCACCCAAGGUCUUCUUUCAAGGCUUUCCUUGAGGUGGUCACAAGAAGCCUUCCUUGGGAAGAUGUGGAGAUGGAUGCCAUCCAUUCUUUGCAGCUUAUAUUGAGGGGAUCUCUUAUUCAAGAAGAGAAUGAGAGUGAUACUAAAACAAUUGUGGAGACAGGGAAUGAGGUUAUGAGGAUUCAGGGGGUGGAUGAGCUUCGUAUUGUCACAAAUGAGAUGGUUCGCCUUAUUGAAACAGCAACAGUACCAAUCCUGGCCGUUGAUUCCUCAGGAGUGAUAAAUGGAUGGAACACCAGAGCUGCAGAGCUCACGGGAUUGGGUGUAGAUCAAGCCCUUGGCAUUCCUCUAAUUGAUGUUGUUGAGGAGGACUCAGUUGCAGUGGCGAAGAACAUGCUGUACUUGGCCAUGCAAGGAAAAGAGGAGAGAAAUGUUGAGAUAAAGCUUAAAACGUUUGGGCAGCGGGAGGAAUCUGGACCCGUGAUCUUGGUUGUAAAUGCAUGCUCCAGCCGAGACCUUAAGGAACACGUUGUUGGCGUGUGCUUUGUGUCCCAAGACAUGACCGGCCAGAAGAUGGUGAUGGACAAAUUCACUCGUAUCCAAGGCGAUUAUAAUGCAAUAGUAAGGAACCCAAAUCCUCUUAUCCCUCCAAUUUUCAUAAUUGAUGAAUACGGUUCUUGCUUGGAGUGGAACCCUGCAAUGGAGCAGUUGUCAGGCUUGAAAAGAGAGGAAGCAAUUGAUAAAAUGCUUGUUGGGGAGGUAUUUGGUCUCAAUAACGUCAACUGCAGAGUCAAAGACCAUGACACACUAACCAAGCUUAGGAUAGUAUUGAAUUGUGUAAUUGCAGGUCAAGAAACAAGCCAAUUGCUCUUUGGUUUCUAUGAUUUUCAUGGAAAGUAUAUUGAGGCGCUUCUUUCAGCAAAUAAGAGGACUGAUGGAGAGGGUAAGAUAAAAGGAGCCUUAUGCUUUUUGCAUGUGGCAAGGCCAGAGCUUCAACAAGCUUUGCAAGUUCAGAGGAUCUCAGAGAAAGCGGCCGUAAAUAGGCUUAAGGAAUUGGCAUACAUACGCCAGGAAGUAAGAAGCCCACUUAAUGGAAUAGCAUUUAUGGGUGGGUUAAUGGAGGCAUCCGAUUUGACUGAGGUUCAGAGGCGUCUAUUGAGGACAAGUGUGCUUUGUCGAGAGCAGUUGACAAAGAUUUUGAAUGACAUGGAUUUAGAAAGUAUCGAAGAAUGUUAUCAUGAUAUGAAUAUGGUGGAAUUCAACCUUGGGGAAGCUCUAGAAGCAGUUGUUAGUCAAGGCAUGACUAUCAGCAAAGAAAGAAAUGUCCAGAUUAUCCGUGAUUGGUCCACAGAAGUGUCGUCAAUGUAUUUAUAUGGAGAUAACCUGAGGCUUCAACAAGCUCUCUCUGAUUUCUUGGUGAAUUCCCUGCAAUUUACAUCCCCAUCAGAAGGAUCAGUUGCACUGAAAGUCAUCUCAAGAAAAGAACGCAUAGGAACUGGAGUACAUAUUAUCCAUCUUGAGUUCAGGAUUGCUCACUCAGCCCCGGGAAUUCCAGAAGCUCUGAUUCAACAAAUGUUCCACCACAACCAUGACAUUUCAAGGGAAGUUUUGGGUCUUUACAUAAGCCAAAAGCUUGUGAAGAUUAUGAGUGGCACUGUACAGUAUCUUAGAGAGGCAGAAAAGUCAUCAUUCAUUGUUCUUGUUGAGUUUCCUUUGGCCCACCAUGGUGAUCAUCGGAACUGAUGUUCAAAAGAGAGGGAGAGCAGAUUUGUAAUUAAACGAAGAAGUGAGGAUCACAUUAUCAAUCAACAAUAUGAUCCUUGAUGCGGGACCUGUGCAUUGCAAAUUCAGGCAGUACUGUGAGUCUCCAUUUCUUUCCUGAGAGAAUAUGUGGUGGUACUGCUGUAACAAUGGGUUGGUUUUUGUGUUUGCCAUGACAUGUUUUGAGGGUGCUUGCAUUCUUGAAUUCUUCCACGUGCUAGUAAUAUAUUUCAUAUUUGUUACCAGAUAAACAUGCAG